UCAGGCAGGAGGUGUGAGGGCGGAGAUGCUUCAUAGAAAGCCUUCUGGGAUGAAGCACUACAAAACCAGAGGGGGACUCAGGUCUCAGAGCCCACCCACACUUCCUGCCUCUUCUGGGCGUGCGAACAGAGCACAGAGAAACACCAGUAGCUCCGACCUGAGCAGCCUUCCUGGGAAGAUGCAGCCACCCCUGCUCGUGCUCCUGCUGGCCUUUUUCCCACUCCCCUUGGGUGAGGCAGGGGAGAUCAUCGGGGGACAUGAAGCCAGGCCCCACUCCCGCCCCUACAUGGCCUAUCUUCGCAUUAAAAAUAAGAAGAAGUACAUGUGUGGUGGUGUCCUUGUGCAAAAGAACUAUGUUCUGACAGCUGCUCACUGCAAAGGAAGGUCAAUCAGUGUCAUCCUCGGGGCCCAUAACAUCAAAGAGAAGGAGAAGACCCAACAGGAUAUCCUGGUGAAAAGAGCCAUCCCGCACCCAAAAUUUAAUAAGAGGAAAGGCACCUAUGACAUCAUGUUACUGCAGCUGGAGAGAAACAUCGAGCAAACUGAUGCUGUGAAGCCCCUCCCACCGCCCAGGGGCAAGGACCUGCCGAGGCCAGGAGAUAACUGCACUGUGGCGGGCUGGGGAGAGGUCACACGGAGGGGCCCUGGCUCAGACACUCUGCAGGAGGUAGAGCUGACCCUGCAGGCGGAUUUGAAGUGUAAAAGGCGCUUUAACCGUUACAAUGAGAACAUUCAACUGUGUGUGGGGAACCCAAGAGAAAAUAAGACUUCCUUUCAGGGGGAUUCCGGGGGGCCUCUCCUGUGUAGAAAUGGGAUCCAGGGCAUUGUCUCCUAUGGAAGCGAUGAUGGGACACCGCCACAAGUCUUCACCAAAGUCGCCAGUUUCCUUCCCUGGAUAAAGAAAACCAUGGAAAGCCUUCAACUGCAGGAACCAGAUCAUCUUCUCUGGAGCUAAUCCAGGACCGCACUGCAGGGAGGGAGGUGGAGCCAGAAACCAAAUAAAUGUCUCUUAGCUGAU